AUGAAUCAAGCACAUCAGGAACCAACAGAAAUGAAGUUCCCCGUACCAUGGGGACAUAUUGCAGCAAAGAGUUAUGGAUCUUCAAAAGAAAAAAAAAUUCUAGUGGUACAUGGAAUUCUGGAUAAUGCUGGUUCAUUUGACAGAUUAAUAAAACUUCUUCCAGAAGAAUAUCAUUAUGUAUGCAUAGAUUUACCAGGUCAUGGAUUGUCAUCUUUCCUUCCAUCUGGAGGAAUUGUACAUUUUUUUGAUUAUGUGCAUUCAAUAUUGUUAGUUUUGAAUGCUUUAAAAUGGAAAACUUGUAUAUAUAUUGGGCAUAGUUUUGGGGCUCAAUUAGGAACAUAUUUCAGUAUUUUAUAUCCUGGAAGGCUUGAAAAGAUGAUAGCAAUUGACUCUGUUAUAAAUCCUGGAAUUGAGGGUCUUGCUCUUGUUCCUUAUAUUCGAAAGGUAUAUAGUUUGUAUUCUAGUACUGAAAGGUCAGAAACUCUAUAUAGUGAAGAUGAAAUAAUGCAAGCUUUGAAAUUUAAAAGAAAGGAAGUAUUAAGAACAGAAGCUGCACAAGCUCUAUUUAAACGUGCAGUUACAAAAGUUGGUGACUUGUAUAAAUAUAAUCGUGAUUCAAGAUUAAGACAUAUUCCAAAACCAAUUUUAACAAUAAAACAACAAAUAGAUAUAUUCAGUCAAUUUUCAACUCCAAUUUUAGUAAUUAUAGCAGACAAUACACAUCGAAUAAAUUUAUUAAAGGGUGAAUUGAAUGCAAUACUUAGUGCAGCUGACAAAAGUAAAUUUUCUGUAGUUACUGUAAAAGGAAAUCAUGAUGUACAUAAUAAUUUUCCUGAAAGAGUAGCACCAUAUAUAUGGAAAUUUUUAAAUAAUACCUUACAAAGUAAAUUAUAA